AUGCGUACUUCUGCGCCUCGCGCUCCCGGCAUCCGGGAGGCGCGCGGGCCCCGUGUGCCGCCGCCCUACGAAGCUUUUAAUUACGGGGACGAGCCCUCCCGUGCGGUGCCCCGCGACAUCUUGCCUUUACCGCGGCCGGCGGUGGAGCGAUAUCGGGGUGCCGACGGGGGGCUCUCCCGUGCAGUCCGACAGCGCCUGGGUAAGCGCGAGAGUUUUGAGUUGGACUGUGAUCGCGCCGUCCACGCCUUGAACUCGCUCUAUCUUCACCAGGACCAGCCUCCCGUCGGCCAGGGCGCCGACCGUGCAGUUUUUGUUUCGCUGGGCCAGCGUCGCUGUCUUGAUAGAGUUCGGGGCUCCGUCGCCGCUCUCGGCCCGCCUCCGCCGGAGGUUACUCCCGCAGAAGCUCUCCGGAAGCUUCGCGUGGCGAGCUGGUAUGAUGUGGACUCUGCCGUGCUCGGUUCCUACAACCUCGCUAGCGUCUCGCUCCCCUCUGGCUCGCCGGCACCGGUGCCGCUCGAGGAUCUGUGGGGCGCGGGCGGGUCGGACAUGAUUAGGGACUUCGUCCAAAGCCGAUUGCUACCGUCUAGUGAGGUAGAUACUCGUUUGAAAAAUUCUCAGGUUGCGGUGCCGUAUAGUGAUCCGAAGCUGCGUCGGGUCGCGGCCUUUGAGGAGUUCAUCCGUGCAUUGCAGCAGCGAGGCAUGGUAGAUUUCAGCUUCUCAGCCAAGGAAAGGAAUCGCAUUGUAGAUAAGCAGGUGACGCCGGACCUUCAUCGUGCGUGCCACUCGCAGUAUGUGGACAACUUCAUCGCCGUUUCUACUGACGCCAGUGCUGUUCGCUCUCUGGUUGCGGAUGCUAUUCGUGCUCUUGAAGGGCGGGGUCUCGUCGUUCAUGAGGAGGAGUAUUCUGGGGAGGACAAGGUGGCCCAGGUUUUGGGGUGGCAGGUGGUGGCCGUCGAUGCUAGUGAGUGGGGGCUGGGGGCGUGCGCUGCACAGUGUGGGGCCUCUCUUGCCCGGAGCGUCGGUCGGACCUCGGAGCGUUGGCGCUGGGGUCGGGUCGGCGCUGCCAUGGGACCUCGUCGCCGCGCGCUGGACCACGCUCGUAAAGCCGAGGCGGCGGCGGCCCUGUCGGGGGGGGCCCGCGAGGCUGCCCCCUGGAUCGCCGCCGCCAACGACGUCCCAGGGCCCGAGUGCGCUCCCCCCCAGCCCCCCUCGGCGGGCUCAGGUGUCCUGGACAGCCCCGGAGACGUCUUCGGGUUCGGUCGGGUCAAGCGGGUCGUGGACUUCCCAGAGGUCCCGAGGGAGAUGAUCGAGCAGCAGUGGUCCGUCGUCGGUCGCUUCCCGUGGAGGCGCAAGGGGGAGAGUAUCGCCGUGUACGAGGCCAGGGCCACGUUGUACGGGUUUCGUCAUCUUCUUCGUUCGUCUCGGAACCUUGGGAAGCACGCGGUGGUCCUGGGGGACUCGCAGUCGACGGCCGGGGCGGUGGCGCGGUUUCGGAGCGACAGCCGUAGCAUGAUGCGGGUCGCCCAGGCGAUCGCGGCCCUCUCGCUCGCAACCGGUUCCGCCUUGCAUUAUCGGUGUUUGCCCUCGGAGUGGAACCCAGCCGUUGCUCGCCCUCCUCCACCCAAGAGGAAGCGCCAGACGGUGGCCGACGUCGCGGCCCGGCGGAGGGCCUCUGCCGUCACGGUGGGGGGGCUCACGGUGCUGGAGAGCGCCUCGGUUCGGCCUCGGACGCGGCAGAAGUACCAGUCGCUGUUCGCCGAGUUCCUGGCGUGGCUCGCCGUCCCGGUGGCAACCUCCGAGGCGGGCGUCGACCGGCAGCUCGUGGGGUGGCUGGACGCGCUGUACCUGGGCGGCGAGAACCUGGGCGCGGCCCAGUGGGGCUUCGCGGCGGUGACGUUCUUCACGGGCCUCCAGAAGUCCGCGGGGGCCCUCGUGCCCAGGAGCCGGAGGGCCCUUCAGGGGUUCAGGCGCUGCUGCCCUCCCCAGUCGCGGCUGCCGCUGCCGCGCGAGGUGGUGGCCCUGAUCGCCAACGAGCUGGUCAGAUCGGGGAAGCUGCCCUGCGCGAUCGCGAUCAUCCUGAUCUUCGAGCUGUACCUUCGGCCAGGCGAGGUCUUCAGCGUGAGGGGGGUGGACCUCGUACCACCAGUGCCGGGCGUGGCAAGCGCCCCCUGCUGGGCCAUCACGCUUCACGCGCAGGAGGUCGGGAGGUCGUCAAAGACGAACGAGUUCGACGAGUCCAUGCGCCUGGAUCUGGAGCGGCAUGCCCCUCUCGGCCCGGCGCUCAAGGCCCUCUGUCAGGGCCGGAGCCCGCGCUCGCCGAUCUUCGACUUCGCCCUGAAGGACCUGGUGGCGGCGGUGUGCGGCGUCGUGCGGAGCCUCAAGCUGGACGAGUACCUCGGCGACGUCCACCUGCACCAGCUCAGGCACGGCGGCGCCCCGCACGACUCCGCCGGGGGCUUCAGGAGCCUGGAGGACGUGAGGCGCCGCGGGCGCUGGCGGUCGUGGGCUUCGGUCAGGCGCUACGAGAAGGGCAGCCGCAUCGGCCAGGUGCUGCUCAAGCUGCCCGACGACCUCCGCGCCCACGCGCUGUCCUGCGAGCGCUCGAUGGCCUCCAUCGUCCGCUUCUUCCUCGAGGUCUUCUCGGGGUCAGGCCGGCUCGGCCAAGCAGUCGCGAGGGAGGGCGUGAACGUUCUUCUCUGGGAUGUGGAGCUGGGUGCCGAUUACGAUCUUCGUCUGUCCCGGAACCGCAGCCUCAUCAGAGGAUGGAUCCGCUCAGGCAUCGUGAUCGGCGUCCACUUGGGAACGUCAAACUCGUCUCCCAUGGGCCUCGACGACCUGAGCCCCGCCGACGCCGACAAGGUUCGCGUCGGCAACUUGUUAAUGUUUUUCUCCGUGGCGGUGAUGCGGGAUGCUAUGCUUUUGGGAAUACCAGCUACUCUGGAGAACCCCGCCCGGAGCCGCAUCUGGAUCUGCCCCGCCAUGCUGAGAUUUCAGAAAUCCAACAAGAUCAAUUUCACUGUCACCGAUUUCUGCAUGUGGGGCGCCCAGUGGAGAAAGUCGACCGGCUUCCUCAGCGCGGGGCUGUGCAUGGACGCCCUCGCCGAGGCUCGCUGUCUCGGCGCCAAGCGUGUCCUGUGCAAGCGCUCCGGCCAGCCGCACAUCCCCAUCCAAGGGAAAAACGACAAGGGUGUCUUCUGGUCCAAGAUCGCCGAGCCUUAUCCUCCUGGACUUUGUAGAGCCCUGGCUUCUAUCUACUACAAUGCGUGGGCCUCGUCUAGAGCCGAGUUGUUCAACAAGAAGGUGUUUGCG